GGGGCGGGCCGGGCACGAGAAGAGCUGGGCCGAGGUGCCGCGGGGUUGCUGGAGGGUCGUGGGCGGCGUGCAGGAGACAUGUCGGCGGGCAGCAGCUGCAGCCAGACUCCCAGCCGGGCCAUCCCCACUCGCCGCGUAGCCCUCGGCGACGGCNUGCAGCUCCCGCCUGGGGACUACAGCACCACCCCGGGCGGCACGCUCUUCAGCACCACCCCGGGAGGAACCAGGAUCAUCUAUGACCGGAAAUUCUUGAUGGAGUGUCGGAACUCACCUGUAGCCAAAACACCCCCAAAGGACCUGCCAGCCAUUCCUGGGGUCACUAGCCCUACCAGUGAUGAGCCUCCCAUGCAAGCCAGCCAGAGCCACCUGCCCAGCAGCCCGGAAGAUAAUCGGGCAGGCGGUGAAGAGUCACAGUUUGAGAUGGACAUUUAAGGGACCAGCCAUCGGACGCAAUGAUGCUUCUGGGGCCCCAGGGCCCUUGGGAAGAGAGCUGCCACUGCAGUCAGGCCUCAUACCAGGCAGACACUGGGUGUGGGUCNGCCACCCAGUCCUGCUCCUCACUCAGGGCGCCAGCUCUGCCUUCCAUUUUGUGAACACCAGCACAUACCUCCUUGUGCCUCUGUCUAUACAGAGCUGCUACUGCAGGGGAAUGACUCUCACUCACACCCUCCCUGCAUGGAGCUCCAGCGAGUGGAUUCAGAGGAGUCUGUCAGAAUGAUCUGGCAAUCCUAGCCCCAGCCUCUGGAGCACACCCACCUUUUCUUAGGUUGGGUUACCUGGGAAAGCCACACUUUUACUUCUUUCCCUGACAGGAAAUAAAAGCCACAUUUACCCUAGGCCUGCCCACAGCUGGGCCCUGUCUGAA